CCUCCGUAACCGUCUAUCUUCCGCCUACCAGCCCAGCAAACGAGUCUAAAUCGCCCCUUGGAUUUCCUCAAACAAACCCCGCUCCUGGCUGUCACCGCGGGCCGAGCCGACUUCGCUCCGAGAGUCUUUAUUCUCUUCUCAGACCGUCCUGUAACUAGCUUUCCAAAUGAGUGACGGAGAGUGUGACUUCUUCUGCUUCUUCCGCUGCUGCUGAGCGCGCUCACUACGCGCCUCAGACAGCCGGGAAGCCUGGGCGUCUCUGAACAGUGAGGAGGUGAAAAGGAGGCGGGGAGAAAAAAAAACGUGGAGGUGGAGCUUCCAUCGAGCCAUUUCAGCUAAUUGGACCGCUGGGAUCCGACAGGUAGGCAGGUCGUCUACCUGUCCGGGUGAUUGAUUUAACUGACUGGAUGUCUGUGGACAUGAACAGCCAGGCGUCGGACAGCAACGAGGAAGACUUCGGGGUGAACUCUGAAGAGGAGGAGGAUGAGGAUGACGGAGGAGAAGAGGAGGACCAGGGUGACAUUGCGGGCUACUACGAAGGAGUGGCCAGCGACGUGGAGCAACAGGGCGCCGACUCCUUCGAUCCAGAGGAGUACCUGUUCACCUGUCUGACCUACAAAGAGAGUCAGCGGGUGCUGACGGAGGAGGUUAACACUGUGGCUGCUGCGCUGAAGGUUUUACCAGCAGUAGCAAAACUGAUCCUGGUGCAUUUUCACUGGCAGGUCUCACAAAUACUGGACAGAUAUAAGUCCAACUCGUCUCUGCUUUUGUCGGACGCUCUGGUCCAGCCCAGCAGCACCUGCAGAUCAGUCACUGCCCCUCAGUCCCUCCAGUGUGGUGUCUGUCUACAAGUUGUACGGAGAGACUCCCUGCUGGCGCUGCCCUGCCAGCACUCCUUCUGCAAAGCAUGCUGGGAGCAGCACUGCACCGUACUGGUCAAAGACGGCCUGGGAGUGGGAAUCUCGUGUAUGGCUCAGGACUGUUCCCUGCAGAUGCCAGAAGACUUUGUCCUGCCGCUGCUGCCAGGAGAGGAGCUGAAGGACAAAUACAGACGCUACCUCUUCAGAGACUAUGUCGAGAGUCACUUCCAGUUGCAGUUGUGUCCGGGUGCCGACUGUCCCAUUGUCAUCAAGGUGCAGGAGCCUCGGGCACGCAGGGUGCAGUGUAGCCGCUGCAGCGAAGUCUUCUGUUUUAAAUGCCGUCAGAUGUAUCACGCACCCACAGACUGCGCAACAAUUCGAAAAUGGCUGACCAAAUGUGCAGACGACUCAGAGACUGCAAACUACAUCAGCGCACACACUAAAGAUUGUCCUAAGUGCAAUAUCUGCAUUGAGAAGAACGGAGGGUGCAAUCACAUGCAAUGCUCCAAGUGCAAACACGACUUCUGCUGGAUGUGUCUUGGAGACUGGAAGACUCAUGGCAGUGAAUACUACGAGUGCAGCCGCUACAAAGAGAACCCCGACAUAGUCAACCAGAGCCAGCAGGCUCAGGCCCGAGAGGCCCUCAAGAAAUACCUCUUCUACUUUGAGAGGUGGGAGAAUCACAACAAGUCUCUGCAGUUGGAGGCUCAGACGUACCAGAGGAUCCAGGAGAAGAUCCAGGAGAGAGUAAUGAACAAUCUGGGAACCUGGAUCGACUGGCAGUACCUGCAUAACGCUGCAAAGCUACUGGCCAAGUGUCGCUACACACUGCAGUAUACCUACCCUUACGCCUAUUACAUGGAGUCCGGCCCACGCAAGAAGCUGUUUGAGUACCAGCAGGCCCAGCUGGAGGCAGAGAUAGAAAACCUGUCGUGGAAGGUGGAGCGAGCCGACAGCUAUGAGAGAGGAGUGGUGGGAGGCGAGGGGGAGCUCAGCGCCAGUGACAGAGGGGAUCUGGAGAAUCAGAUGCACAUUGCUGAGCAGAGGCGACGCACGCUGCUGAAGGACUUCCACGACACCUGAAGCUCCAUCGCGACUGCAAAGCACCAGCAUCUCCCUCCUUACUUCCUUCCUUUUCUUCCUUGCCUCCUACCUUCGCUUCCUUCCAUGACCAUCCCUUCGGUGCAGUCAUGCCGACCUCUCUCCGUUUUCGCUUUCUCUACACUCGCUCGUUUGCUUUCCUUCUUUCUCGUCUUCGCCUCCUCUCACUCCCAUAACGCUGCAGGGUCACAGAAUGGCACGAUUGUAUCACCCCUUCCUCGUCUUCACCUCAUUUACACGUUUUGGCUUCAGAGCGUCACAUUCGCAGCCGUUACACUUGCUUCAGCUUUUCACAUCUGAUGACGUGGGUCCAAGUUUGAGCGUUCAGACGGAUACUAGCGUCUAAAAGCAGCAUGUCGAGGAGUGGAGGAGAUGGAGCUGGUGUUUUUUUUUUCCAAAGUUGUUCCUCUGAUGAUGCGAAAAAGAAACCUGAAGAGGUAAAACUGCCAAGGAUGGAGAAGUUUGUUUCUUUAAGCAGAUGAGGAAAAUGUAGGAUUAUGUUUUCCUCUUUAAAGAGCUGAUUUAGAGUCUGUAUUUGGUGGGUUUAUUUCAACCAUAUUGACUUUGCAGGCGGCUGUAGGUACUGGAUUUGUCCAAACACAAAGUAGAAAUUCCUCUGUUAGCAAAUAGAAAUUAAAGAAAAAAAAAGAUAAGAUGUUCAUCGGGAAGAAGCUGUUUGUUUCUGUCAGCUAGUGGACGGUGAUACUUGUAGAUAUUUAUCACCGCCACUUCUGUGGUUAUGUUUUUAGUAAACCUAAUUAUCCAUCACAGCAACUUGAUCGUGAACUAUUCUCAAUGGAUAUGGAGACAGCUCAACGUAAAUUUAUUUAGUUUCUGUUUUGUUUAUAUAAAUUCUGCCAUUGAACUGGUGUGUUAGCUGUGAAACGCGGUGACCUCAUAUUCCCACGUGCUCUUCAAAAUGCUCAGAAAAAAAAGCAGAACAGAAUAUUUUCCUACAUAUGAUGCAUGUACACAAGAACGUGUGUCUUCUUUAGAUUUCGUUGCCAGCGCUUCACAGCAACGCACACCUUCCUCCUUUGUUUGGUUUUGUGCCAAACCUGGAGGCGCCUCUACCUCCGGCAAAUAGUCACGAUGGUCCAAGUUAAACUACCGAAUCAGUGGCGUCUCCUCACACACUCUGAUAUUGUUGCUCGAUUGUGUUUGUCUUACGUAAAAAAAGACUUGCACCUCCACUGCUCAGAUGAUAGAAGUUGUCUUGAAUGAGCAAGUGUAAUGUCCGCCAUCGUUCACACACACACACACACACACACUACAGCACCUCCCACCAACACUUACAUGGCACGCACACGCCGACACACUCAUGCUCAAACACUCCGCUGCAGAAAGCAAACUCUUAAUUUGUCUCCGUUCUCCUCCCCGUCAUCUCGUGCUCUCUUUCUUCUUUCUUUACCUUCAUCUUUGCCCUUCACUUCAUUUUUUUUGCCCUUUGUUUUCUUCUUCUUUUUUUUUUUCCUCCUUCCCGCUCACAUUGUUCACUUUUCUUCUGGAAAAUGGCUGUUGAUAGAUAGAUCGUUUAAAAAAAAAAAAUGGGAAAAAAAGAAAAAAAUACCAAAAAAAAAAAUUGCUGUAAUUUUCAACGGUUGUACAUUAAUACAGAAAUAGAGUUACUGAGAGAGUUUUUAAAACCGGA